CUUAGAGCUCCCGUUGCCGAAAAAAAACCUUAUUCUCUCACUCUUCUCUCACCAUAUUUUCUUUCUUCUUAGCUCUUUCAUUUUCUUCCUAAAAAAAAUGGUAGUGAAAGCAUCAAAAGCUGAGAAGAAGAUUAACUAUGACAAGAAACUAUGCGAACUUCUUGAUACAUAUCAACAGAUCCUUAUUGUGGGUGCAGAUAAUGUGGGUUCUAAUCAGCUACAGAUGAUCCGCAAGGGUUUACGUGGUGACUCUAUUGUUUUGAUGGGAAAAAACACGAUGAUGAAAAGAUCUAUUCGUGUCCAUGCUGAGAAUACUGGAAAUAAUGCCAUUCUUUCCCUUAUUCCUUGCCUUGCGGGUAAUGUGGGACUGAUCUUCACUAAAGGAGAUUUGAAAGAAGUCAGUGAAGAAGUUUCCAAGUACAAGGUUGGAGCACCUGCUCGUGUUGGCCUUGUUGCUCCAAUUGAUGUGGUUGUUCCUCCUGGAAACACUGGACUUGAUCCUUCCCAGACCAGUUUCUUUCAGGUACUCAAUAUCCCAACCAAAAUCAACAAGGGCACAGUUGAGAUCCUCACCCCUGUGGAGAUUAUUAAGAAGGGCGAAAAAGUGGGUUCAUCUGAGUCUGCCCUUCUGUCUAAAUUGCUCAUUAAGCCAUUCUCUUAUGGUCUGAUAGUCCAGUCUGUCUAUGACAAUGGCUCAGUUUUCAAUCCUGAGGUUCUUGCACUCACAGAGGAUGAUCUGGCAAUGAAGUUUGCUGCUGGACUAACAAAUGUUGUUGGUCUCUCCAUGAUUCUUGAUUAUCCUACUCUAGCUGCUGUUCCUCACAUGUUCAUCAACUCCUACAAGAAUGUUUUAUCAUUUGCUCUAGCAACAGAAUAUUCAUUCCCACAGGCUGAAAAAUUGAAAGAGUACUUGAAGGACCCGAGCAAGUUUGCUGCUAUUGCUGCUCCAGUUGCUGCUGCUCCUGAUGCUAGCGCUAAAGCAGCUCCUGCCAAGGAGGAAAAGAAAGAAGAACCUGAGGAGGAUGAUGACGACUUUGUUGGUGGAUUGUUUGAUUGAGUUGUUUUAAUCUAGCAAUAAUAUCUGUGAGGUCCUAAGAUUCGGUAUUAGCAAUGAUGAAUGCUAUUUUGGAUAUCUAGUAGGAUGCUUUUAAGCAAAUUUCCAUUUGGUUUGCUAUAAGUGGAGUUUUAACUUUGGGUUGAGCUAUCCUUGGGUAUUUUGCUCCUCUCAUUGGCUUUGAUUGUUACAUUUGGAUAUCUAUAUGAUGCUUAAUUGCCUAA